AGUAAGUUCACGGUAGUGAAGUUCUUUCCAAGUCGUCUACUGUCGUGCGGCAAGUCAUGGCGGUAGAUGCUCCAUUCACUCAAUUCUAGAAAAGUCGUAUAAUAAUUCGCAUUAAGUUAAGACAAGUCAUUAGUAAUCACGAAAGUCUACAAAAUGUCCCUGUGCUUUCGUACAAUUUCUAAUAAAUUGACGCCGUUUGUCAACACACGCAAACAAAUCGGACAACUCGACCGACAGCUGCCAAAACACAUCAAACCAUCCGCAUUUUUGGAAGAGUUCCUUGGUGUACGAACAAUCACCAGUGCUACUGCUAGUCCCAAAGAGAGAGUGCCAGAAUCCUCUGUAAAUAUUGGAAUACAUCAGCAUGUACCUUUGGGUUCGUUAGAUAGCUCUAAUGAGUGUCAUGAGAAUCUAAGCAGAAAACAUGACCAAACAGAAGAUUAUACUUCUCAGACAGAAUGGUAUAACUUAGGAAAAAGUCAAGAGUGUAGCAAAGAUUGCUCAAGAGGAUGUGUUACUUUCCAUUCUCCACUUAUAUCUGCUGUGAAACAAUAUGAAAUUGUUCUGGAUGAUAUUAUGGUUUGGAAUAAGACCUCUGUUGAGCAAGAGAGUGUCGUCACUCUGUAUGAGAAUGAAUCCCUGGAGGAUGCCUUUAAAAGAUUGUCAUUGGGUAUCAGAAUGCACAGUGCUGACAAACCAAUGUUAUCGAAUUUUGAGAAGGACAUGAUUCUCUUGGCAGAGGGUAAAGCUAAUCUAGAGAAUGUGAAUGAAAGUCAACAAUCACAAGAUUUAGAUGGUGGACCAUCCCAAGAACAACUACUACGUGUAUUUAACAUAUUGCGUGAAAAUCUGCCAAAUUUAUUCAUAAAGUCUAUGGAUUAUUCUAUCUAUCAUCCCGAGCUGGUAUUUGUUAAUAAUAUUAGAGGUACCACAACAAAGGGUCUGUUCCACUAUGUUAAACAAAUAGCCCUAUUGAGAACAGUUGGUCACUUGAAAUUUGCAUAUGUAACAUUUGAAGUUCUAAAGAUAACAAUGCAUCCUGAGGAUGGUACUGUGAAAGUUCGCUGGCGUAUACGUGGUAUAUCAGGAUUGAAAGUGAUGUUUCUAUUUUGGAAAAUAAAGUUAUGGAACAUACAGGAGGCAUUUCAAGAGCAAGAAUCGUGGUACGAUGGAUUUUCGACAUUCUAUGUGAACAGCAGUGGAUUAAUAGUGAAACAUGUAGCAGAUAAAAUGAUGCCUGAUCAGGAUAUACAAGGCGAAUCUGAGAAAACCCCCAUAGCAACAAAAUUGGCCUUAUUUCUAGGCCUGUCAGGAUCAGAAGGAUCUACAUGCGAUAUAUCAUCAGUAGCCGAAAGUCUCAAUCCAAUAUUUAAACAAUUACAGCGGGAAGUAGAGUGUUUAGAAACAGUCAUGCUACCUUUGGAGAAGAUCAAAUGAUGUCUUGUGGCAUCAGACGUACAAGAUCAGUUACGUACAUAUGGUCUGCCGAACUUAAUACAUUUUUGCAGUUACAAGUAAACCUGGAUAUGAGAUAGAGAUACUCGAAGGAGCUGUAUUAGUUAACUAAUAUAUGAGAAAUUUGUAACUCGUUGCAAAGAAUUUAAAUGGAGGACAAAGAUGACACUGUGCUUAUUGAUUUUGCUAGAUUUUAAUUGUUAGUUACAAUCAUACCUCAAGGAACUGACAUAAAAUCACAGAUAUUUCCAGUUUAUUUAUUUCGUGAUAAGGAACCUGAAUAUUCCUACUUAAGAGAUCAGAUUACAUCAUUCGUCGCAAAUAAAAUCAGGCAUGAAUUCAAAGUA